AACAAGAUACUUGCACCCACGUGGAGAAGAGCGCCUCUCGUCUUUUACUUUCGUCUAUGUGGGUCCGUGUGGGCUAGAGUCUUAAGCUAGCCGGAUUGGACUCAUAUAAGGCCCAGGAAAACCUCGGAUUACCGCAUUUUCCCUCCUGACCAUCAUGUGCUACAACCACUACGUUUCCAUCUGCAAACCCCUGCACUACGGGACCCUCCUGGGCAGCAGAGCUUGUGCCCACAUGGCAGCAGCUGCCUGGGCCAGUGCCUUUCUCAAUGCUCUGCUGCACAAUACAUUUUCCCUGCCACUGUGCCAUGGCAAUGCCCUGGGCCAGUUCUUCUGUGAUAUUCCCCAGAUCCUCAAAGUCUCCUGCUCACACUUCUACCUCAGGGAACUUGGGCUCCUUUCUGUUAGUGCCUUCUUAUCAUUUGCCUGUUUUGUGUUCAUGGUUUACUCCUAUGUGCAGAUCUUCAGGGCCGUGCUGAGGAUCCCCUCUGAGCAGGGACGGCACAAAGCCUUUUCCACCUGCCUCCCUCACCUGGCCGUGGUCUCCCUGUUCCUCAGCACUGCAGCCUUUGCCUACCUGAAUCCCCCCUCCAUCUCUUCCCCAUCCCUGGAUCGGGGAGUGUCAGUUCUGUACUCGGUGGUGCCUCCAGCCCUGAACCCCCUCAUCUACAGCCUGAGGAACCAGGAGCUCAAGGAUGCCCUGAGGAAAAUGAUGACUGGAUGAUUUCUGAAGCAACCAAUUUCCCAUUUUCUUCUGCAUAGCUUUCAGAAUGGAACUCAUGAAAGGCCCAACAGGCCUUCCGAGGGCUUUGGUAAUGUUCAGUGGGUUUUUCUCUCAUAAAAAUACCCUCAAUGAAACUCUUUAAUCCCCCCAUCAAAUUCACUGUUCACCUCUUGAUCUUGACCCAGAAGCUCUGUAAACCAGGGUUUGUGCUAUCGCUGCAUUUGAAGAAAAGAAACUACCUUGCAGUGCCUGUUUUAUCUGGGAUCCCAGCUCAGAGACCUGCAUGAAGUUAGAGGGGAGAAGGGGAAAAGAGUCCCAGCAGAGCAGCACGGCCAGGGAGCAGCAGGGGUUGGUCCUUUCAGAGCUGCCCUGCCCAACUCCAGCCUCUCCUUCCCAUCCCUGCUGUGGCUGUAAGGCCGGAGUGCUCUGGCAGCUUGGUCACUGUCCUGCUGCGUGUCCCUGCUGUGGCCACAGGCAGGGACAGGCCAUGGGCACUGCUGGGACACAGCUGGGCUCCAGCACAGCAG